GGUGCGGACGGCCCGUAGGCACGAUAGCUGCUGGAUGCCGGGCUGGGCCAUGGGGCCCCGUGGGGGACAGUCCGGGCUGCUGAUGCCGCUGUUGCUGCUGCUGACCCAAGUCCAGCCCCAGGAAGGCCUGGAGCGCAUCAGCUACACGCCACAGCUGUCCAGCCCCACCCUGGCCGGGAGGCUCACCCAGUCCACCUUCACGCUGGAGCAGCCCCUGGGCCAGUUCCAUCGCCCCAACAUCUCCGACUACGACAGCAUCUGGCUGGUGGUGGCCCACGGCAACGCCACCCAGAACUUCAGGGCCCCACAGAGGACGGCGGACAUCCCCACCCCCGCCGACUUUCACCGUAAGGGCUACUACCUCACUCUGAUGGCCCACCGAGGGCUCUACCCAGCCGGCCCAGCCAGUAGCCAGCUCCGAGUCCUCCGUGUCGGCAACGAUACCAGCUCCCCCCCCCAGCCACAAGGCUGCAACCACCCCCUGCCGGGCUCGGGCCCCUACAGGGUGAAGUUCCUGGUGAUGAAUGAUGAGGGCCCGGUGGCAGAGACAGAGUGGUCCAGCAAGACCUACCUGCAGCCAGCCCAGGCUCUCCGUGCUGCCCCUGGGCCCCAGAGUGCAGGCACUGUGGUCAUCAUUGCCAUCCUGUCGGUCCUGCUGGCCGUCCUCCUGGUUUCCCUCCUGUCUGUGCUCAUCUACACCUGCUUCGACAGCUGCAGGAGCACCUCCAUCUCGGGCCCGGGGGAGCCAGCGAGUGUGAGGACGUACACCACCCACCACACGAUCAGCCCUCCAGCAGAGGGGCGCUCCUGAGGGGCUCCAGGGGCCCUGUCUGCCCUGGCUCGCCUUCCUGGCCUGGGCUGCAGAGUCUGGGCUGGACCAUCCUGAAGCUUUGGGAGUCCUGAGAGAGACGGCUGCUAUAUGAGGGUGUGUGGGACGGUCC